UUCCAGUGGAUAUGGACAACCAGAAAUAUGACCAUUUUCUCUUUUUAAAUGGAACAAAUUGAUGAUUUCAAUGAAGAAAACUGUUAUCUAUGGCAAUUUCAUUUACGACGUUGUGCAUUGUGAUUUUGAUCGUGUUUUGUGGUGUUAAUACCCACAAUGCCUCAGAAACUGCUCAUGUAUACACUUACAACAUGUAUAUACCCGACAUAAGCAGUCAAACAGAUGAUGCUGAAAGUAAGUUCGUAUACUGGAAAAGUCUCGAGAAAGCCUUCCAGGAAAAUCCCGAGGCAAUCAAAUCAGCUCUUCUGAUAAGUUAUUUGAGGAAAAGUUUUCCAACUCGUAUUUACUUGGACCAGUACGGAAAUCGUUACACAUGGGACCGAAAUCGAGGGUUUGUUCCCGUUAACCAGUAUAGCAAUCCUGGGUUCACAAAUUAUCACCAGACACCAAUGUUCACAAACUACCAUCAGACAGCCAUGUACCCAAACUACCAAACUCGCGUACCUAUGUACCAAAGACUCCCUCCCCCUGUCUUUUGGACGCAGUCUCCUCAGGGUUGGAUUCCGGUCAGUUCGGACCCUUUCUUUGCUUCUUAUACCUCACACCCCAUUAACAUUAACAACUACUGGUGCGACCCCACCGUAACAGACUUCAACAAUGUUAUUCCCCAGCUUUCAACGGAAGUCAGUGCGGAGGAUCCUUGCAUGCGUCAACAGCUUCCAGACGAAUUUGGAUUAGUCGCGUCCUCUGGAAUGGCCGACAUGUUAUGUGCUCUUUGUCAAACUUUAAAAAGCAUGGAGUGCGUUUGGAAAUUCUGUUCUCAUCCUGAUGGCGUGUAUAAAGUUAAACUAAAUUACUGACCAUAAGACCCCUGUGAGAUUGAAUACAUACA